AUGCCUAGAGCACCGAAGAGUCGAAAUGGCUGCAUUACAUGUCGCAGGAAGCGACUCAAAUGCGACGAAGCGAAACCGUCCUGCGAGCGAUGCACAAACUCCAGAACUCCGUGCGAAGGAUACAGAAAGCGCGAGUUCCAGUGGCGGUUCAUCGAGCAGCAGCCUCUUGCCAAAUCACCCUCUGCGCGAUCCUCGAGCAGCGAUGGAUCUGCCCUGCACUCGGCCUUUGCGUCUGCAGCUCGCGUUUUUGAAGGAUUACACGCAACUCCAUCGAUGACUGAGACUCUUGAUAAUUUGGACGCCGAAGGGUCAAGUACAUUCUCUCCCCGAUCAGAACAUAGCAGCACGGUGUCGGUGUCUGCCCGACUGCCAGGCUUAACGACCUCCGACAGCUCGCCCACAUCGCAGCGAAAUACAGGGCCUGAAAGCGAGUCAGAAUCUGCUUUGGCUGCAGUAGACUACUUGUACUCUCUAUCGGAUGCUGAUAUACCUGGCACCAGCACUCAAUAUAUCACUGGGGAGCAGGUCGACGAGGCUAUCACAGUACCCAUGCUCCCAACGACGCAGCACGAAAGUUCAUAUGAUGUGGAAGAUUUAGCCAUCUGUGAACAGCUGCUGGGACCAUCCAUAUUAGUCGAACCUUCACUCGAUAUCUCCUCUCCAGACGCCCUGAUGCUGCGAUACAACCAGGACACUUGCGGCAUUCUCUCCUUAAAAGACGGACCAAGAGAGAACCCAUGGCGCACACUCAUCGGGCCGCUAUCCUCAAGCUCACUGGCGGUUCGCUGUGCUUUAUCAUCCAUGGCAGCGUCCCAUGGCUCCUACGAUAAUCCCAGUCUGCGUCUCAGCAGCAUCAACGGUCGCAGCCAAAGUAUCAAAGCACUUCUCACCGAGAUAGAUGAUUUCCGCUUGGUGCCUGCACUGGCAACGUCCCUGGUAAUUGCCUUUGCCGAGGGCUGGGAAGAGCCUAUAAAUUCCACGCAUCACUUACGCGGUGCCAGGGGGCUCGUCAGGGACUUCAUGCAGGACCGAAGCGCCGUGGCGAAAUUGCAAGACCAGACUACGGAUUCAAAAGCGCUCAGAUAUCUGUGUAACACAUUUGUUUACAUGGAUGUUAUCUCUCGAUUGACAAGCCUCGAGGAAUCCAAUACCAGCUAUGAAGCUAUCGUGUCUGCAACGAACCUCCCUACAAGAGGCUUGAUGGAGGUCGACCCUCUGCUUGGAUGCGCCAGUUCAUUGUUCCCUAUGAUCGCCAGAGUAGCGAACGUUGUUCAAAAGGUCCGUAAAGGGUCCUCUAUUAGUCUGACCUUGAUCAGCGAGGCUGGCCAGCUUCAAGAGCAGCUGCAGCAGUGGGCAGUGCCCAAUGCUGCUGUAUUCCAGACCUUCGAAGAUAGCACCAGCCAGGUUCGCCAUGCGGUCAUCACGGCCGAUGCCCUGCGAUAUGCGGCACUCCUAUAUCUCCACCAGGCAGUCCCUGAAAUUCUAUCAGAGCCCGACGCUGCGAAAUCGCUCGCCCGGAAGGUCCUCGUCAGGCUGGCCACGGUUCCGUCGACGAGUCGUGCUCUCAACACACAUAUCUUCCCCCUUCUGAUCGCAAGUUGCGAAGUCACCGACAGGGAAGAUCGUGAUUGGGUAAAAGACCGGUGGCUGUCGAUGGCUGCGCGGCUGAAGGUUCGCAACGUUGACAGCUGCUGGCGAAUUGUACAGGAAGUCUGGGGCCGACGGGACCAGCAGCGGGGUGAGUGCCCACCAAGCUGUUCUCAUACUUUGGGCUUUGAAUUCAAGGUAGGUUGCAAAUUGCACUGGCUCGGUGCUAUGAUGGACAUGCAAUGGGAAGUGUUUGCCGGAUAAUACGGUCUUUGCGCCUCACAUUCCCUUCGUGUUACUAGAUAUACUGGAUCUAAUUGAAUUUAAAUAUCUGGAAUUAG